AUGCAGUGCUUCCUGCUCGACCUCUGGGAGGACCAGAGGGUCUGCCAGGCCAGCCCAGAUGAUGACCUUGUCAAGCAGCUGGACAAGCUGCCCCUGAAGCCUGGGACGUCCAAGUGCAUCCACCUGGCGGGCGGGGGCCGCGUGUGCCUGGUGCACGCCGUGCAGGGAUGGUCGCUUAUGGACAACCCCAAGGUCGCAGAUGGCGGCGUGCUGCAGCUGCUGCAUGACAAGCUUGCAUCACCCGACGACAUAUUCGUCGUCAACUUUGGCACCUGGCACGGCCCCCACGGCGUCGAGCCCAAGCCGCGCAACAACAUCGAAAUGUACAAAGUGGUGCUUGAGAAGUUUGGGAAGUAUUACAAUGAGACCCGGGCCCAGUGGCCGCACGUCCUCUUCAGGGAGUCCCCCACCUCCCACCCCGAAGACCCCAAGACGGGCGCCUGCCUCGCCUACCCCGACCCCAGUGUCACCGGCUCACUCGACACGGCGGCGCGCGAGGUGCUGCCGCGCUACGGCAUGCCUGUGGUCGGCGGCGCGCGCGAGUUCACAAUGCCGUCGCCCUGGGGCCACCCCGGCAAGCGGGCAAGCUACGGCGUCGAUUGCCUGCACUACUGCAGCCCUGGCAUAACUGAGCUGCUGCUGUGGGAGCUGUCAAAGGCGUUCCAGAGCGGAGCGACCGGCAUUGCGCCGCUGCCGGCCUCAGCGCCCAUCCCUCAGAGGGAGUGCAAGGAGAUGCGAUACUACUGA